GACUGACCAGGGGUGCCUUGCGCUGACGAGGAAUAACAAUCUCCAGACUGCCGGCGGCAACCGCCGACGAAAGUGGUGGAUGCAGUCUUGCAGUCGGCGCUUCUGGCACCCCAUCCCAACGAGGCACCGACGUGCUCUUCUGCAGUGGUACCAGUCUCAAGAAGGCAUCGGCGUGCACUUCUGGCACAAGUCUCAACAAGGUACUGUCGCGCUCUUGUGGCACCAGUCUCAAGAAGGCAUCGAGCUCUCUCGACAACGCGAUGGAAGCGCUGAGGCUCCUCUGCGCCUUCUUGUUCCUGCUCCUGGUACCGGUGGAUGUAGCCGAUGCCCAGCCGGUGAAGACGUUUCCAGAGGCUACGGAAGACAGCGAGCGCAUGGACCGGCUGGGAACCGUGCUGAAGCGGCACGUGGCGAGGUUGAGGAACACCACCAGGGCGGAACUCGUGUUCCUGGUGGACAGUUCGGCGUCCGUGGGCGCCGGGAACUUCCUGAACGAGCUUCGGUUCGUGAGGAAAUUGCUGGCGGACUUCACGGUGUCGCUGGAUGCGACCCGGGUGGCCCUGGUGACCUUUAGCUCCAAGAAGAGGGUGCUCCGAGAGGUGGACCACAUAACCAGGCCGACGGACACCUACCACAAGUGUCUCCUGCUGAACCAGCAGCUGGCGCAUGUCAAGUACGCCGGUGGGGGAACCUUCACGCUCGGUGCUGUGCUCGAAGCGCAGGACAUCCUAAAGUCGGCACGCGAAGACGCGGUCAAGGUGGUGUUCCUGGUGACUGACGGCUACUCGAACGGCGGGGACCCCCGGCCUGCGGCGCAGGAACUCCGCGACGCCGGCGCCCUCGUGUACACGUUCGGCGUGAGGAACGGCAACGUGCGCGAACUCCGAGACAUGGCGUCGCUGCCGGCCGACGAGCAUUGCUACAUCCUCAACAGCUUCGAGGAGUUCGAGGCCCUCGCCAGGAGGGCGCUACAUGAAGACAUGCACGUUGGCCCGCACCAGAACCUCAAUUCUUCGGAUUGCGACGGACUCUGCAAGGAAGGGUCUGAAUGCUGCCACUUGGGGGCCCAGUGCACCUGCGGCAUCUACUCUGGCCAGUACUCGUGCCUCUGCCCCAAGGGGCACUACGGUUCGGGCAUGCGUGGAGAGUGCCACCCAUGUCCCCAGGGAACUUAUCAGCCCAGUGUCUCCAGUGGGGACAAGGGAAUCUGCCUGCCGUGUCCCCACGCACACCAGAACUCUCCACCAGGAAGCACAAGCGUGAUGCAGUGCCACUGCAGACGGGGGUACAGUGCCGAAGGUCACAGCUGCAGGGUUGUUCACUGCCAGAAGCUCCGCCCACCCACCAAUGGCUACCUGGUGAACUCGGACUGUGGAGUCGUGUUCAACGCCGCCUGUGGUUUCCGCUGCAACCCUGGCUACCGCCUCAUCGGCAACAGCAUUCGCGUCUGCCAGCAGAGUGGGAGUUGGUCAGGCAGCGACCCUGUCUGCGAAAAAAAGAAGUGCCAGACCCUUGGAACACCCUUUCACGGCUCCAUAAAAUGUUCCACGGAGGCGUUUGACUUUGAGACCGUCUGCGAAUUCGAGUGCCAGAGGGGAUACGUCCUGAUUGGCUCCCGCAAGCGCAGCUGCCUCUCCAUCGCCCUGUGGGAUGGACUUCCGACUCUGUGCAGGCCCGUGAGCUGUCCCCCCCUCCUGGCACCAGCAAAUGGGAUCUUUAGCCCCGCUCACUGCAGUGAAACAAAGUCGGCAUUUGGAGAGACUUGCCACCUCCGGUGCAAUGAUGGAUUUGCAUCCCCUCACCAAGCUUCAAGGGAAUGUGUGCAUCCUGGGCUGUGGAGUGGCAAUGACACUGCAAUAAUGUGCAUGGAUCUGGAGCCUCCGACCAUAAGGAAUUGUCCAGAGGACAUGGAGGUGGACUCCGAACCUGGGUACGCGGAAGCACUUGUGGACUGGGAACUGCUCGAGGCCUCAGACAACAGUGGGGAGUCCCUGAUGCUCAGCGUGGUGCCUGCUGUCAUGCCGCCCCAGCUGUUCCCCAUCGGAACAAGCGACAUAACGUACUGGGCUCAGGAUGCGGCAGGAAACAAGGCGUUUUGCAACUUCUCCGUCGUGGUCAGAGACAGGGAGCCACCAAUGGUCGACAGCUGCACUUCGCCUCCGGACGCCUUUUCCAAUGGAAGCCCUUUGGCGGUCGUGACCUGGGACGAACCAAUUUUCUCGGACAACUCUGGAAUCGACCCAGUUGUGUGGCAGUCCCACAAGCAGGGGACCACCUUUCCUGUCGGUGAAACACUCGUCACAUACGUGGCCAGCGAUGCCUCUGGAAACAAUGCCAGCUGCAUCCUGAGAGUUGUCGUGAGAGACCACAGAUGCAUCAUACCCGUUGCACCUGCAAACGGAGACGUGGACUGUCGUAAAACGAGUUCGGGAAUUGCCUGUCGCAUCACGUGCCUGCAGGGUUACGGCCUACAGCCCCAUGUUCCCUCGGAAUUCUCGUGUGCCUUUGAUGGCAGCUGGAGACCGCACAGCAUCCAUUCGUUUCCGGAUUGCUCUGAGUCUGCCCCUCCGUCGUCGGCUACCGUGAAGGCCCGGCUUUUCUACUCGGCGCUUGGGAUUUCCUGCGGCGACCGGCUCACGCAGAAAGAGCUCCGGGAGCACCUGCUGCGGCGGCUCUCGAUGCAGGCAGCUAGGUGUCCCGACGGAGUGGACUGUUCUGUCGGUGACUUGCACAUCGAGUGUCCGACGGCGCAGGCCGAGCCGAACGACGCCAAAAGCUCCGAGCUGCACCGAAAGCGACGCUCAAAGGGAGCGGACGACAUCGAGGUCUCCUUUGACAUUACAGGUUCCACUAGUGUGAGACCAGUGCAAGAGAACGAGCUCCUGCUUUCCAUGAAGAAUUUCUUUGCCAAGCUCCGAGAUGCCAUUGUCAAAAAGGAACUCGAUCUAAUGGUACAACAAGAAAACGUCACUGCAAAGUCGCUCGAGGUCUUCGAAGAAGUCUACAAGCUUUCCUGCAAGGUUGGAAGCGUACCAACAGGGACAGAAUGCAUCAAGUGUCCAAGGGGAACAUUCUACAACAUUUCCAAAACAUCAAAAAAUGAAGACCCGAAAUGCCUUCCCUGUCCACGGGGCACUUAUCAAUCCGAACAAGGCAGUGAAGCAUGCGUCGCAUGCCCCGAUCACAGAUCAACUGUGACUGUACAAUCCAAGAAUGUUUCCGAGUGCAAAGCUCUUUGCCCACCCGGAUCACACUCGGUGACGGGGUUGGAGCCUUGCGAGACCUGCCGCAAGGCGUACUUCCAGCCGGGCUACGGCACGACAGGUUGUAUCGCCUGUCCCAACAACACCAGAGCAAGGAGACGGGGUUCAGUGAACGAAAGCGAUUGCAGAGCGCUGUGUCCGCCUGGUUUUGUGUCUAAAUCUGGAGUGGUGCCCUGUCACAAGUGCCCGAGGGGGUUCUACCAACUCAAAAUGGGUCAAAAGGCCUGCCACAGGUGUCCACUACAGCACGAGAUCUCUCCAUCCGUUCCUCUGAGUGUUCUUAACUGCAGCGCUGACACCAGUGCAAAUGUCAGCGAGGCCUUGAGUGAAACUCUGGAAAUCAGCCCUUGCUUCUCUGAGCCCUGUUUCAAUGGUGGAAGAUGCCAACUCCUAGCUUCCGGUUUUAUCUGCAUCUGCCCUCCAGAUUACACAGGCCCCUUCUGCAGGCACAGGGUCGACCACUGCCGCCAUCGCCCCUGCCUUUUUGGGGCCGACUGCACGAGCUUUCUGGGAGGCUACAGCUGCGCCUGUCCCAACGGAACCAGGGGGAAGGACUGCCAGGAGGACAUAAACGAGUGCGACCUGGCGCCGUGCCACCACAACGGCACGUGCUACAACACAUUCGGCAGCUUCAAGUGCAGCUGCAAAGACGGCUUCGAGGGAACGCAAUGUGAGGUGGACCUUGAUGAGUGUCUCAGCACUCCGUGCAUGAAUGGAGGCACGUGUACAGACUUGCCAGGAAGCCUCAAUUGUACAUGUCCGCCGUCUUUUGAGGGCCGCUGGUGCGAGACCGAAGUGAACAUGUGCCAGCAGAUGCCCUGCUUGAACGGUGCACUCUGCGUGAGCCAUGGAUCGCAGUUCCGGUGUCUUUGCCAACCUGGGUACCGAGGCAAGUUGUGCGAAGAAGACAUUGACGAGUGCGCGUCCCUGUCCUGCGGCAACGGAUCGACUUGCACUAAUUUGCCGGGCAGUUUUCGCUGUGUCUGUCUACCGGGUUUUACGGGUCGUCUUUGCGAAACAGAGGCAAACCCAGAUUUCAAGGUGUACUUUUCGGGAACCAGCACCCUCGACACUGCGGUCAUUCUGGGUCUGAGGCAAAGGUUGACUGAGCUAACUGCCUGCAUGUGGCUCAAGACCACCGACCAGUUCAACUAUGGAACGCCGCUCUCUUAUGCCACCGACGAUGUUGACAACACGCUCAUGUUCACGGACUACAGCGGGUUCGUGCUGUACGUGAACGGCAGAAGAGUGGUGACCGACGUCACGGCCAACGAUGGCUACUGGCACCACGUCUGCUUCACCUGGUCUUCGGCAGGAGGCAACUGGGGCGUUCUUAAAGACGGGAGACUCGCCGAGCAAGGCAUGGGACUGGCGGACGGCUUUGAAAUCCCAGCCGACGGGACACUUGUGCUUGGCCAGGAACAAGAUGUCCGCGGCGGAGACUUUUCCGUGUCCGAGUCUUUCUCCGGAGAGCUGACCCAAGUCAACAUUUGGAGCAAGGUCCUCAACGCCAGCGAGAUAACGUCUCUCCUAAAUCGCUGCAGCUUCUAUCACGGAGACGUUGUGGCUUGGACGGACUUCUUGGAAAACCUUCGUGGGAAUGUCUUACGAAACGCCUCGGCUUUCUGCCGUGGUUGCCCGACACCGCCUGCUCCAACGUACGGCGAAGUCAGUUUCAGGAGCACCAUCGUGGGUGCAGUGGCCACUUACACGUGCGACCGAGGAUUUGUGUUGCAGAGGGCCGACGCACGGGAAUGUCGGGCAUCUGGCGAAUGGUCACAUCCCAUCCCGAUUUGCGUUGGUGUUUUUUGCGGGAUACCGCCGGACCCAGUCAACGGAAAUAUCAGAGGUUCGCUGUUUCACUACAACGGCAGGGUAACGUAUGUGUGCAACGAGGGUUUCCACCUCGUCGGACCCACGCAGAGAAUUUGUCAGGAAAAUGGCCGGUGGACGAGCCAUGAUCCACAAUGCGAAGAAACGCUCUGCGAACUCCUCCCAAACGUCACAAACGGACGGAUUGUGCCCGCCAGCAGUCCCCUCAGACCGGGAGCCAAACUGAACAUCGUCUGCAACUCCGGCCACAAGUUCGCUCCGGAAGUGACAUGCACGGACGACGGAACGUGGAGCGUGCCAGAGGUCGUCUGCCAACCGGCCAACUGCUCCGAGCCACCCACCGUUCCUCACGGCGACGUGACCGUGGUGAAGAACCCCGACGUGCGGCGAGCGAACGUCCGCUACUCCUGCAACCAGGGGUUCGAGCUCGUGGGGGAAGAAGUCGUACCGUGUUCCGAGAGUGACGUUUGGGCCGGCGCUGUUCCGACGUGCAGACGAGUGUCGUGCCAAGCUCCGCCCCGCUUUGCAAACGGGGUGUGUGAAGCGCAACGACGAGCGUACGUCUUCGGAAACACCGCGAGGUGCCGCUGUGACCUAGGCUACACGCUGCUUGGGGAGCCCACGGUAACGUGCUUGUCCGACGGCAGCUGGUCCACACCGCAGGUCCACUGCAUUCCGGUGCACUGCCCCAAACUGCCAAACCCGGUGCACGGCCAAGUAGCAGCCGCUAACCACAGCUACCAAGCAGUUGCCGACUACAGCUGCUACCACGGUUACACGCUCCUGGGUGCAAGCUUGAGGAACUGCAGGUAUGAUGGAGUCUGGAGCGGGAAGGAGCCAUCCUGCGUCCCCGACAAGUGUCCACCUCCGCUCCCAGUCAUUAACGGACGAAUCACCGGCGCCAACUGGACCGUCGGAGGUCACGUGGACAUCACCUGUUCACCAGGCUACGAGCUGCACGGACCCUCAAGACGAUUCUGCGGGGAGGGCGCUUUAUGGAUGCCGCUUGAUCCGCUGCUCUGCGUUCCGAGGAAGUGUCCGAAGCCGACGGAAGUGGCCCGUGCAGUGGCAUCCGUAUCCGUGGGCUACGUAGGGAGCGUGCUCAAGUAUGCCUGUGAGGAAGGAUACAUUCUGACAGGAGCCAAGACCCAGACGUGUACCAGGGAGGGUCGGUGGAGCCCAGGGGAUCCGAGAUGCGUCCCAGUGGACUGCGGAUCACCACCGGCGUUGGAAGAUGGUGAAGCGGUCGUAGAAAAUGGCACGUCAUACCUGGGCAUCGUGAACUACCGCUGUCGCACGGGGUUCACCCUCGUGGGCACCGGGACGAGAACCUGCUCUGCUAAUGGAACGUGGACUGCUGACCCCCUCCAGUGCAACCUUGUCUCUUGUUCCAAGCCGGAGCCGGUUGCCCACGCAGAAAUUCUCUACGGCAGCACUUGGUACGGCUCCAGUGUCCAAUACAAGUGCGACCACUGGUUCAAGCUGCACGGACCAGAGCAGCGGGCCUGCACUGCCAACGGCACGUGGUCCGACGUUGCUCCGACCUGUGUCCCAACACCUUGCUCCAUGUCUGAGACGCUCGAGCACGGAACAAUCCACUCUUCGCCGCCCGUCGCCCUCUUCACGUGCAAUCGCGGACAUCGCCUCCUCGGACCGAAGGUCCUCCGUUGCUACGGCAAUGGAACGUGGAGUGGACACGCUCCAACCUGCGUGCCGAUGAACUGCAGCCUGACCGGCGGGCCCGCCAACGGGAGGUUGGUUCAGGACGACGCGACCGGCAUCACGGCACGGAUUGUCUGCGAUUCGCGGCAUCGGAUCGAGGGGGACGAGAGGUGGACCUGCCGGCUUGACGGAACGUGGCUAGGAGGGACGAAGUGCAUCUUGUCCGAGUGUGGGCCUCCAGAUCCACCCUUGAACGGCGUCGUGUCUGGCACGGAUUUCAAUGUAACAAGCAUCGUUCACUACCACUGCAACACGGGUCACAGGCUCCAGGGCAACCCGCACCGCACCUGCCUCCCCACCGGAACGUGGGGUGGCCUCGUCCCCACCUGCGAACCCUUCGCCAUCUGCAACGCAACCAACACCGGCGCAUGCCCGGCCGAAGAAUGCAUUCCGCCGAGCCUCGCCAACGGAAGAGUAACCCACGACACGCUCGCAGUCGGGGGCACCGCGAGGUACUCCUGCAACCCUGGCUUCCGAUUGGUCGGUGCCCCGACCCGUCUCUGCGGGAGAGGUGCAACGUGGGAAGGCAGAGCACCCUCGUGCCGCCCUAAGAGGUGCCCUCCCCUGCAAGCGUCGCCUGAGCACUCCCACGUAGACUACACUGGUUUUACCCUUGGACACAACGCGAGUUACUCCUGCGACGAAGGCUACUCCGGGAAGGGAGUAGCCACGCGGAUGUGUCGGGCGGAUGGAACGUGGGAAGAGAACGGAGGGUUCGAGUGCGCUCCGGCGAUCUGCCGACUGCCGACGGGCGUGGAUAAUGGGAGCGCGGAUCCGGAAGGGUUGUGGUUGGGAGCGGUGACCCGUUACGCCUGCGACGACGGGUUCCAAUUACGAGGAAAUGACACGAGGACUUGCGGCUUGGAUGGGAGUUGGAGUGGGAAUGAAGCCGUCUGCGACGUCAUCUCAGGUAGGCAAGGUUUUAAAAUGAAUUGGAGUAGACACCUGACCAAGUGCGCGUCGGCAAGCGAGGCACUAAAUCGUCGCGUCAGCUACGUGUAAGUGCAUCGCAGUGUAGAUGCCGAGCUCGUGUUCACUAGUAAUGCUGCGAGCUUAUUUCAUAAUGCACCUUGGUCUUGUCCCACUCGACAGGGGUGGCUUAACCUUGAGAAAAAGUUAAUUGAGGAGAGUGAAUAUGUGGUAUACUUUACUGCAAGGCAAG